AAAACACGCUUUGUAGACUACAUAUACUCACACACUUGAACAACACCUCCUAUCCAAUUAUCCAGCAAAUCGAUAAUCUUCAUAUCUAUUCUUCUCUCUCUCUAGACAUCUCUAAGCAUAUAUUCAUCUUUUCUUUUAAACUCGAGUGUUCUAACCAGACUACGUGCACGUUAACUGUAUACGUAUAAUCGAAGUUUUACGAAGUACUUCUGUUAGAAGGCAUCAGACUGUGAAUGGACGAAAACAAAAAGAAGCAAUACGAGAGAGUGUUCAGCCACUUCGACGAGAACAAGGACGGGAAGAUCUCGCCGGCGGAGCUGCGCCUCUGCCUGGGGACGAUAGGCGGAGAGAUAUCCGAGUCGGAGGCGGAGGCGGUGGUGCUGCUGAUGGAUUCGGACGGCGACGGUCUGCUGGGGCUGGAGGACUUCAUCAGGCUGGUGGAAGGGACGGAGGAGGAGGAGAAGGUAAAGGACUUGAAGGAGGCGUUCAAGAUGUACGAAGAAAUGGACGAUGAGUGUAAGGGUAGUACCGGGAGUAGUAGUAUUACGCCCAGGAGUUUGAAGCGGAUGCUGAGCAGGCUUGGGGAGAAGAAGAGUGUGGGGGAGUGUGAGGUUAUGAUUUCUCAGUUUGAUUUGAAUGGGGAUGGGGUUUUGAAUUUUGAUGAGUUUAGGAAUAUGAUGGCUUAAUUAAUUGAUUAGUUUGGAGAUUGUACAUUUCUAUCAUCAUGGAUACUAGCUAACAGGAUUCAUUUAUUCUUUCAGUACUAUAAAUAAAUAAAUUCUCCAGUACUUAUACA